AUGUUAACACAAGCUUCCACAUCACUUGAGCCUAAGAACAUACCUGGAAAUCAGAACAGAAAUGAGGAAGAGGGAAGUCAGCUAAAGCACUGGUAUUCUGAAGCUUUGUGCCUCGCGAUCGCGAAGGGGAAAUGGGCUGGGGGAGGACUUCACUCUUCGCGAAUGCGGAGACUUGGUCACGAACGCGGAGCAAUGGGGGUCUUACCCUCCGCGAGUGCAACCGGCUCGAUGCGAACGCGAUGGCUUAGGGACCUAGGGGAGGGGAUAUUGGUUUUCGUUGUUCAAGAUUUCGGAGCAGGUAGUGGCUUGGCUUCAGAUUACAUAGUUUGGAGACCCAAGAUAAAAACAACAAACACCUCUUAUUUUCACCUAUUAUAUUCUUUCUUCCUAAGGUUUUUGUACAACAAGAAAACAAUGAGGACCCCCUAUUUCUCAUCAUCAAAACCUUCAACCCCUUCACAUAAUUCAUCAUCACCUCACACCUUUUGUGAAACUUUAAUGGCAGAAACAAUAGAAAACGCUGAAUUAAUUAUCAAAAAAUGGGAUCUUGAUUCCUCCUCUGCCUCAACCACCUCUUAUAACAGAGUCGCAAAUCUCUUCCGUGAUAAUCCGUUAGAAGCCAAGCAACUUCUUAACGCCGUUAACGACUUACAACAUGCAAUGCAGUUUGUUAUCAAAGACAGUUCCAGCUCUAAACUUCUUGUUAGAGCUCAUAAUCUCAUGCAAAUUGCCAUAAAAAGACUUCAAAAAGAGUUCUACACUAUCUUAUCAGGGAGUCGUUACUUUCUUGAUUCCGAAACGGUGUCGUCAAGAUCCUCAAGAUCAUCCACUGCCACCCUAUCAAGUCUUUCAGAUGAAGAUGAAGUUUCUGAAGAGACUAAUAAUAGUGAAAUUGAGAAGGUCUCAGAGGUUGUAAUGGCGGAUUUGAAAUCAAUAGCUGAUUGUAUGAUUGGAGCUGGUUACGGAAGAGAGUGCGUGAAAAUUUACAAACUCAAUCGAAAAUCAGUCAUCGAUGAGACUUUGUAUUACUUGGGGAUUGAGAAAUUAAGCUCUUCACAGGUUCAGAAAAUGGAUUGGGAAUUAUUGGAGAUAAAAAUCAAGAAUUGGUUGAGUGCUGUUAAGAUUGCAGUUACUACUCUCUUUCACGGUGAGAGGAUUCUCUGUGAUUAUGUCUUCUCAGCCUCAGACAACAUAAGAGAAUCCUGUUUCUCGGAGAUUGCUAAAGAUGGGGGUUUGAGUCUUUUCUUGUUCCCAGAAAUGGUGGCCAAAUACAAGAAGUUAUCACUUGAGAAAAUGUUCAGAGUGCUGGACGUCUACGACGCCAUUUGUGAGCUUUGGGUUAAAAUUGAAUUGAUUUUCAGCUUUGAUUCAAUGGAGGUAGUCAAGUCUCAGGCGAUGAUAUCACUGGUCAAGCUCAGCGACGCCGCUAGAGCCAUGUUGUCGGAGUUUGAAUCGGCUGUUCAGAAAGACACGUCAAAGGCAGUGCCAGGUGGCGGGGUUCACCCGUUAACUCGAUACGUCAUGAACUACCUUGUUUAUCUCGGCGAUUAUAGUGAUGCAAUAUCUGAAAUAAUCGUCGAUUUGCCGAUUUCAUUACAGCCAUCGUGGCCGGAAUCAUAUUACUUGAGCAUGACAACAGAAGACGGGGACUCUCCGCCUUCUAUUGUUGCCCUACGGCUUGCAUGGCUCGUACUCGUCCUUUUAUGUAAACUCGAUGGUAAAGCACAAAUUUACAAGGACGCGGCACUAUCCUAUUUGUUCCUAUCAAACAACCUAAACUACAUCAUUUCGAAGGUUCAGGAAUCGAAUCUAAAGCUCCUACUUGGAUCCGAUUGGAUUUUAAAGCACGAAAAGAAGGUGAAAGAGUACAUGUCAAAGUAUGAGAGGAUGGGUUGGAACAAAGUGUUGAUGUCAUUACCUGAAAAUUUGACGAUUGAGAUUUCAUCGAUGGAAGUGAAGCAAAGGUUUAGCAAAUUUAAUUCGAGUUUCGAGGAGGUAUAUCGAAAACAAAGUUCAUGGGUCAUACUUGACCAGAAACUCAGAGACCAAGUCAAAGUAUCACUAGCUAACAAGCUUGUUCCGAGAUAUCGGACUUUUUACGAGAAGCAUAUAAGAGAAUUGGUGAGGAAUGUCACUGGAAUGGAGUCAAUUGUUAGAUUUGCCCCUGAUGAUUUACAAAAUUACUUAUCGGAUUUAUUUCAUGGUGCUAAUGUUUCGGUUUCUAGUAUGGGAUGGAGUGGGACAUCUUCGCCGUCCGUAUCAACGUCAAUGUCAUCCUCAAGUCGAAGCCGAUAAAUAAGUGCAUAUGAAUUUUAUGAGGUAAGAGAGAAGUUUGUGUAUACGAAACAAAUAUUUUUGAUUUGUAAUGUAUUUCUGCAUCGAAAUGUUACGUUGCAAAUCGGGAAUUGCACAGACCAAUUUUAAACUAAAUUCAUUUGUUGAAUGAAAAGGCAUGAGAACUUG